CAAAAAAGCAGAAAGUGCCAUAUCGUGCCAACGAAACAACGAAAACAACAACACAACCCCAGGAAAGAGCGGCGCACCACACAACAGAAACACGACACUGUCCAUUCCCAUCGUUGCAUGUGACUCUCUCCCCCAUCUUAUUCCGCUCUUUGCCUGUUUGUACCCUCUUGUACCGUGAGUACUGUUUUCAUAUGUGCUGAGACAAGGAAGGUGUCAAUUACAAUUGGCCCUUUUCUAACAAUUCCCCUUCGCCGAGGCUCAAUUCUUCCUUAUCCACCCUCUAAAGAUAGGUAGGUCUAGUACGACUGCCAUAUAUCUUCCUAUUCUUCUUCCCCAUCUCAUCUUCAUUCUUCAUCCCCCUAUAAACCUCCAACCAACCCCUCCACGCACGCCACUUCCUCCUCCAUUCCAAAUUGAAGAAAGUUAUCACCUUUCCUCCUCCUCCUCGGAUCCGCGUCCAACCUACUACAACAGCCCUCGACCCAUCCCCCGGGUUGAUCUUGGCCCCCUCGAACUACCACCUCCCCCUCACCUUGCAAACGAACACCAGAUCAACUGCCACCAUGUCACCGAACAUCUACUUCAGCUUCCCCCCUCGCUCCCUCAUCCAAUUCCCCCCCUCCUUCGACCCGACCACCCUCCCUCCUCCCCCGGCAGGCAGCGCCUCCUUCGCCCCCCCCUUCACCAUCCCCGCCAGCAUCUACAACUCGGCCUACGACGCCCGCGUCCCCCUGACCAUCGCCUCCGUCUACGCCGUCACCGUCAUCACCCUGAACAAGGUCAACGCCGCGCGCGGCAACAAGCCAUGGGCCAUCUCCAAGACCGCUGCCUUCCGCUGGCUCGUCGUCCUCCACAACGUCUUCCUGGCCGUCUACUCCGCCUGGACAUUCGUGGGGAUGUACAAGGGUCUCUCGCGCACCAUUCCCUCCGUGUAUGGUCCCAACGGCGUCAUCGGCGUCGUCGACUCGCUGUGUAAGCUGCAUGGUCCCGCUGGCCUGGAGAACGCAAUCGCAUACUCGCCUGGUGCGUCGUCGUGGCAGGAUGCCCCUGGUCUUGAGGGCGGGAGGUUGUGGAAUGAGGGAUUGGCGUUUUAUGGAUACUUCUUCUACUUAUCUAAGUUCUACGAGGUCGUUGAUACGGCUAUUAUCCUCGCGAAGGGGAAGCGCAGUUCUACGCUCCAGACUUAUCACCAUGCCGGCGCUAUGCUCUGCAUGUGGGCUGGGAUGCGCUUCAUGACCCCCGCUAUCUGGAUGUUCUGCUUCUUCAACUCUGGUGUCCACGCAUUGAUGUACACAUACUACACCAUAACCUCCUUCUCCGUCCGCGUCCCCAAGGCCAUCAAGCAAACCCUCACCACCCUCCAAAUCUCCCAGUUCAUAAUCGGCGUCUACUACGCCGCCGCCCACUCCUUCAUCUCCUACGACAUCCCCUCCACCUCCGCCUCCGCCAGCUCGCCCUCUGCAUUCCCCGCCCCCUCGCCAAACCGUCGCGUCCUCUACACCGGACCCGCUAGCGGCGCAGCGGAUGAGAAGUACGAGACGGUCAGCUGUAUCAAUACCAGCGGCCAGACGUUCGCGGUGUGGUUGAAUGUGUUUUACCUCGGCCCGCUGAUGUAUCUGUUCAUGCGCUUCUUUUAUCGCUCGUAUAUCCGCCGCGCGGCGCCGAGGGUUGCGGGGGGGAAGGCUGCUGCUGCGGGUGUGGUGGUAGGUGCUGGGAAGGGGGGGAAGAGGGUGUAGGAGCUUGGAAUGAGAGGAUGAUUGAAGAUUGAAAGAUUGGAUGAUGCUGCUGCUGCUGCUGAGGGUUAAGCGGGGCGGGGAAGAUUGGGAAAGCGAAGUUGAGAAGCUAAGGGGUUGCUUGACAGAUUGAAUGCACCUCCGUCGAGGGGCGGAUAGAGUGGCUCGUACAGGAUAGAAGACCACGCGGUGGGAGCGGAGGGGGACACGAGGAGUGGGGAGUCGGAGCAUAGCAUUGCAGGCGUUAUUCCGGGUGAACAAAAACUGAUGAUGUGUGGAAACGAGGUCAUGGUCACGAUAGAUGGGUUGGUAGAGGUGAACUGUAGGUAGAAAUCUACAACACACAGACAGACAGACAGACAGACAGACAACGAUUCUGGGUAUAAUUUAAUCUCUUGGUCUUAAUGUCUACUCUUAUUGAUGACUGUUUUGGCCCUGCCUGUCCUGUCCUGCGCUGUUGAUAUACUGUACAAUACCAUAUGUGCGUCGUCCAUUCCUCGAACGACACGCCUAUAACACUGCUGAAG